GACAAUGUAGGGUAUCGUCUUCUCUGUAAGCAGGGAUGGAAAGCUGGCCAGGGUCUUGGACGCUCCUCACAAGCUAGCCGUUCGUGCCUCGUUUCACCCCUGCCCUCCCUGAGACCAGAGGGGUAGUUCCAUAGGCACAAAGGCUCGGCAAAGAGUCCAGAAAAGGCCAGAGACUUAAAUUGGUUGUUUCAUUAACUUCAUGCCAGAAGCCGCAUUGCUGCAGACGAUUGGAUCAUCACAAUUGCUCGUUAUGGAUGAGGUAAAAACUGCCCAGACAUUUACCAUUGCACUUCGUAAACAUGUAACAUUUUUUAUUGCCUCAACACACUUUUUCCAAAUGUUGACUUUAUAGUUAUUACAUACAAAAGUUACUGUUUUUAGUACUUUUUUUAAUAAAAAAGGGAUAUUUUUUAAGAGGAAAUCGGAAUUGUUUCAAGUGAAGACUGUUGUAGUAUUCACAAUUGAAGGUUCAAUUGUGAGACAGAAUUCCAUGUCAUUUUCAACCCAGCAAGAGAUGCUGGGUGAGGGGCAAGCAAAAUGAGAGUAUCUUUACAAAACUUAAAAUAGGAAAAACUGGUAAUUUGGAUAAUAAUUAGAGGUUAUUAUGAAUCAAUCUGCACCUCCCGCUGGCUUGUUGCUAUGUAGAUUAACUGAGUCUAAACCGUUUCCAGAUGGUUGUUUGCUAUGAAUCUUGUUAUGCUGAGUUGAGAGGGCAACUAAUUGACAGUGACGUUUUCCAAACACGGGGUACUGUGGGUUGCUCCGUCUUUUUACUUUGCUUGGAUAUAGCUCCCCCUUAAUAGUGGCAGUGCAUGGUCAGGGGGAAAUCUAGGAGCAAUCCACACUGCCCUACUGAAUGAACUCAUUUGUGUUAUUUAUAAAGACAAAAAACCAUGGCAACGUAUCCUCAAAACAACCGGAACUUGAUAAUAACAGCUGCUUACAGUGAAACGUUUGUCAAAAAUAAUUUUUUGAAAUCGAUAGGUCUUGAUUAUGAGAGGUCUAUAUUGAAAAAUUGUAUGGAUUGUUUUUCAAUAUGUUGUGCAAAUUGACUUCACAAGUUACAUGAAUAUUCAUUUUAAUUAGAGAUACUAAUAUUCAUUUUGGAGAUAUGUUUACAUCAACCUUUGUACACAUACACUCUAAACGUACUUCACAUUGUAAGCGCAGCUGCGUUAUCGAUUUUAUGCUAAUGAGAGUUCAGUUUACGUGAUGAAGAGCUUUCCAAAUUUAUUUCAAUCCAGAUGCCAAAUUGGUUGCAUUAAUGAACAACCAGAACUGGAGGAAGGAAACAGAAAACACUGUGCAGCUGUUCUUAUCAAAGGGUUUGCUGCCGAGAUAAACCGAUAGAACAACCCUCUUUGAAAUAAUUGAAGAGAGCAAUCAGUAGUUUUGAUCAAUACCUUCAUUAAACACUUAACGGUGAGCGAUGUUGUUUGGGGGAAAUUUUGCCAUGGUUUUUUAAAACAAAUUUGUGAUAGAGAGCGUAAGCCACCCUAUCAUGCAUGCAACAUCUUCAUCAACUCUUUUUACGAUUGUACUGCCGAGUGGUUUAAUAUCGUGUGUAUCCCCCAGGAGUUUUGAAUUUUGUUUAUUUCAUUAUUUCUAGCUUUUUUAAUUUAAUGAAUCUCGGCAGUCAUUCACUAACCCAUAUACCCCUUCCCCCCUCCCCCUCCUGCUUUAUACUCAUCCCUCUCUCAAAAAAAGAAGAAGAAAAAAAACCCCCAAAACAUUGCGUCUUUGUUUUUCCCCAAGGUGUGGUUGCUUGUUUGUGUUCUCUUGUUGUGCUUUGAAAAUGUUGUUUUUGUUCUUAAUGAUUAUAACUGUAUAAUGAUGGCGUGUAGCUCUUUACAGAUGAUUGUGGUACGCUGGUAGUUGAUCAACAUACUCUCUUUAGAUUUUAACAAUUCACUAUUCACAUGGCACUUUUAACUCACCUCCAAAGAUUGUCACUUCAUCCUUACCAAAACACUAUUUCUGUGAGGGUUGGUUCGACAACAACAACAACAACAACGCUAAUCAACCGUUAAAACUCCCAUCAGCUAUCUCAACAGAAUUCCCCUCAUUUCUAUCAUCUCGUUGAGUCAUCACUCCCAACUAAAGACAAAAUUCAGUUUGGUUCUUGCACAACAAAACACAGGAUUUUUAACGUCACUUGGAUGUGAGAAGAAAAAAGUUUAAUGAUUAUUUUUUAUUAGUCUAAAAGUAGCGCUGUCCUAAAUUCUGUUUGUCUUCUACACAAGCUUUUUGUUUUAAUUAAACUGCACGGCAAUCUAUAUGGUGCUUGAUUUGAAAUUUACACUGUACAAACCCCAACUAGCUUGUUUGCGGUUUAUUAUUGUUAACAUGUGCUGGGUUUAUCAAUUAGAACUUCCAGUAGUAGCUUUCCAGGGUCGCAUUCACAUACAAGUACCUCAUCUUAAAUGUUUGGGGCACUCUUUUUGUUUUAGACUGACGUCAAAAUUACUCCUGAAAAAAGGCAUUUGUAGAUUGGUACAUUGUUAGUACAUGAAUACAGUCGUACUGCCCCUCAAAAAAGGAGUGGAAAAAAGGAAACAAAGUUUCAUUUGGAAAACAAAAACCCCAAAACCACAAUGUACUUUGUAUCUAUGAUUUCCCCUUUUAUAAAUUUUCUCUUCUCUCAGAACUCAGUUGAGCUUUUUUGUCGCCGAUGUCAGUCUAAAAACGAUAUGUUUUUCAAAUACAUGUGAUAAGUACUUGUAUGUGGAUAUGCCUGUUUACUAUAUGUAGGGGACCAAAACUUAUACACAUAAAUACAUGUACUAAAAUAUAAUGGUAAGUAUAUGUUAAAAUCAUACAUAUUUUUUAAAGAAGACUGCAAGCAUUUUUUCCAGAUUUGUGUCAUCUCUGUGUUCGCGGGUUUCCCUUUACAACAUUUUAAGCAAAUGUGCGGUAAUGUGGAAUUCUAUAUAUUUCUUUUCCGCAUUUGCUGAUUCUUUAUUUGCAGGAUCGUUUGAGAAAUAAUGCCAACUUAUAAAAAAAUAGAUUUGAAUAUUUAGUCCAUUGGUCCCUGUCCACAUUCAUCUACUCACACCAUCUUAAACCACAUUUAUUCAAAAUGGCAUUUUGUAUUAGUCUGGUGGCGUGUAGAUGUGUGUCUGUGCACUGCUGCUGAAGGCGAGGUACAAGUGUCUCGCCUUGGCACUGCACUCAAUUCAUCCCAUGGGGUUAAGGUGUGAUAUUCCAUGAAUCUUUAAGAUGGAUUCAAUAUUUGGUUAAGGAGAGAAAAAACACCUCAAACCAACAAGCAUAAUAAACUGAUCAGAGGUAUUUGCUUUGCUACUGUCAAGCUGCUAUAUUUAAAAGAGGAUUCAGGAUUAACAGUGUCUGUAGAAAUUGUUUAACCAAAAUCCAGAUUCACAUUUCACAUGCAAACUCAGUUAUUCGAUAACCAGAAUAAUUUAAAAACGUUUUGCUUGGAGUGUUAAAUUCAGCAGCUGUGUACAACUUUUGCUUAUGAUUUGGUUAGUUGGCUUAAUAACAGCCCUGCAGUAUGCCAUCUAAUUUGUAUCUGUCCAGUAUCUACCCUAGGUAAAUAAACCAAACCAAUACGGGAUUUAAUCUAGGCGGGGCCAUGCAAUGAAAACAGUUACCACCGGAACGGUGCCUGUGCACAAUUAUAAUAAUAGUCUUCAUUUACAAAUAAUUAUGUAUGCUGAUUAUUCGAGGUGUAUGCAUGGCUAGUCAACCUCAACGUUGAGUCUAUGUGUAACAAAACAAAAACCAACAACAGCUAGUUAGAAAGAAGACAAAAAAUCACCCAACCAUUCUCUGUCGACUCUGUGUUGAUUUUCACAUCUUAAUUUUUCUUCCUGUUGUACUCCACAGUAAACUUAAUACCAGAGACGUAAACUCACGGUAAACUGUGCACACGUAUCAGUCAUUUUAAAAAUAUUUAUUUGUCUCUCUUCGCACUUUUUAAUAUAACAUCAUUCCCUCUUUUUUUUUCAACUAUUGAAAUGAACCAAUAACAGUGCUUGAGUAGUCCCAAAAUGUUGUUACAAAUUGUUGUUUUGAGACCAGUGAGUGCAUUUUUUCCCGAAGGGAGCUUGUACUGUCCCAUCAUUUUGGUGUUUAUUGAUUCUUGUCUGUAGUUUGGUUUAAACUGUGUUGUGUGCAACAUUGGGAUAAUCUUAUAUAAUCUUAUACGUGUCUGAGAUGUAGAUUAAGAAAGAGCGGGAAAUGUCUUACUCCCCUUUGGACAUUAACUGUAGCUUUCCUGUUUUGCCAUGCUGCUUGGCGUCUUCUAGAUGCUAUCUCUGUCUGUCUUUAAUGGCUAUCACUAGAGGGCACUGCUGCAUUUUAAAUCAAAUAAAUUUCCUUCAAAAGACAUGAACAAUUCUUAAAGCUCCUUGAUAUUCACCAGUUUUCCAAACCAACAGAUUUUUUUGACAGGCAAAAAGAACGCCUAAUUUAAGAUUUGAAUCUGUAAACAAAAACCUUAUUUUUAAAAUAUAUUGUUGAAUGCAGGAACCUUUUGCAAGCAUGUCACCGAUUUGUUUUUAUAAAAAAAUAUGCUUUGAUCAUAGACAUUGUAGACAGACAGACAUUUAUCUACUGUGAAAAAAUGCGAAACAAUUUUGUUGCAAUAGUAAAUGAUCAACAAAAAGUGUGUUUUGAAACGGUGGAUGGUUCCACGGGUUGGAUUCUGAAUGUGUGUCAGAAAUGUUUGGAGUUGUAAGUCUCCAAAAUUUCAAGUCAUAUGGUGAGAUAAAUUUUCUGAUAUCUUGCCUGGAAUCACUUCUUGAUUUAGAUCGGAAUCAAACUCUUUGACGAAUCAGUGAAGUCAUUCAUUGCGAUCAAACGGAUCUUCUCUUCCACUUUGGAGUGAAUCAGAUACUGACAGGUCUUUGUGGGUAGAGAUUUUAGAGUUAUAAAUUACUCCAAAGUGUCUGCCCUACAAAAAAAAUCUGUCCAGUUUUUUAUUUUGUAGAGUUUGAUUCCUUUCAGAGAGUUAUUGUCAAAGCUGACUUCUCUACUGGGCAGACAUCAUAGAGUAGCUAAGCAACAUUUCCACUGCCCAGCAAAACAGAAGACUAGAUAUAUUUUUUAAUGAAACAAAUUUGAUUGUUUCUAAGGUAGGUGCUUGGGUGGUUUACAUGCCUAGCGACUCAAUGAUGUUUGUCCAUGAAGAGAUCGUCUGAACUCUUGUGGAUGGUCAUUCCAAAGAAAUAAGUUUUUUUCUUAAAAGACUUGUUUCAAAUCUCAGGGAACUUUUUAUAAUUGCUUUUAAAAAAGUAAAUAUAACCAGUAUUUCUCAUCGGGUCGUGGUUUGAAAUCUCAUACUUUUCUCUCAUUCUAAUAUUGGAGUCCCCUUAACACUCGCUUGGUCUAGCCCAGUUUCAAGUCGAAGAAACGACCAGUUUUGACUAAAACUUUAAAGUAUUUGGAGCUGAAUUUGUUGGCAUGGCUUUCUACCUACAUUGAGAUAUAGACACCCUGACUAUUUAUGUCUGUUUGGUGCUUGCUCUUUUGUCCAUUAGGUUGUACUGAGCCGCUACAAAUUAUCAUCAAGUCCGAUGGAUUGGGCAUGGGGCGUAUGGAGAUGGAGCUGGAGCAAGCGGAGGAGGUCACAGUUCACCGACGUAAGAUGGAGGUGGAAAAAGAAGACACGGAAGAGUUGAGACAGAAAUACAAGGAGAAUGCCGAGAAGGAGAAGGCAAAAGAUGAUGCUCUGUCUGAGAUGAAAGCAAGCUACUUCUGUGAGCUGUGUAACAAACAAUAUAAGAAGCACACAGAGUAUGAGAAUCACAUCAACUCCUAUGACCACCACCAUAAGCAGCGUUUGAAGGACUUGAAGGCACGUGAGUUUGGCCGUACAGUUGGAUCCAAGGUGAAGAAGGAAGAAAAGAAGAGGCAGAAAGAACUGAAGAAACUUCAUGAGAUGGCACAGCAGAGGGUACAGUCUACUGACAAGAGUGUUGGCAACGGCAGUCACAAAAACGCCAAGAAGGGUAAAGGAGACGAGCUUGCGACACCUUGCGAGUCUAGAGGUGGAUGGAACACUGUCCCUCCCCCAAACAUCUAUGACCCUCAGCCAAAAGUAGACGGUGGAGGAGACAGCAAGUCACCACGAGGGCGUGGUAAGGAGAAACCAAAGGAUAUCAACGACAAGAAGGGUGAUGCUUCAAAUACCAGGGAAACACGCGGGCAGGCCCUGGCUCGGAAACGUCUUAUGGAGAAUGACCAGCAGCAGAAACUCUCUUCGAGUCAACAGGAAGAAGCAGACAGCAAGAGGAAUAGUUUAUCUUUCAGCUUCUCCAAGACAUCUGUGUCGAAGGUAUCGCAGUCUUCUGUCUUUGGAGGAGAUCAAGGAAAUGCUGCAGUUGAAAACAACGCUGAGAGCAUAACGGAAGGUUCCUCUGUGGAGGAGAGUCCAACAAAGAACACCAGGAAGUCUAGAAAGGUUAAGAUAAAUCGUAGCUUUGGAGGAGAUCAAACCAACCAGUCCCAAGCAAACAGCAAAUCAAAGACAAGCCCAAAUUUGAUAACAUUUGUCAAGGCGGCAAGCGAUUCAUCAGACACAGUUCAGAAUGAAACCAAGAUUACCAAAGAGAGUAAUGGUGAGGUUCAAAUAAAAGAGGUGGAAAACGCCUCCAAAAAUGGACCCAGUUUGAGAAAUAACUCUGAUGUGAAACCAUCCAACAAAAAUGAGAAACCCAAAAGCAAUAAGCCAAGCAAUGUUAAGAAAAGAGACUCUGCAGAAGGAGGAAGUGAUAUCAACACUGAAAUUACAAUUUGCAAUACUCCACCCCAACCACAAAGAACUCAAACGGAAACCAAGACUAACCAAACCAAGGAAGUCGCUCCUGACACCCCCCAACAGAAGCAAAACUCAAAGGAAACGGUUAAAGCUGAGGUGAAUCAUGAACAGUCAUCUCAGAAAGAGAAUGACACAAACAUCAAUUCAGAGCCUGGCAAGGAAAGUGAUGUUCUUUCAACAAUAAAGAAAGAACCAGCGAGUCAAGAACCUCAAACUGAGAAAAAGGAGAGCGAUGGUGGCGCAUUGGAGUGUAUUGGAGGCUGUGGAAUUGAUAAAGGAACUAAUCCAAAGAUCUCUGAAAAGGGUGCAGUUGAAGCUUCCUCUAGUGCAUCACUUCCUGAGACUGUACCCUCCAGUAAUCCUCCAGUACUUGCUAAGGUUGACACUGGAUACCUGGCAGUAUUGGGAAAGGAUGACACAACAACGUUACCAUGGCCUAUGGAGAUGAUAUGCUACACCGCUGCAGAACCAAGGAUAUCAUUCAGUGUUAACCCUUUGCAUUUCGAGUUUCGCAAGCUCAUCAGUAAAGACGACGGUGACUCAAUUGAUAAAGCGGGAAAGUCCACUGAAAGUGCUGAGGGGAAGACUGAACCAGGACUUUCAAGUAGCCAAAAUCCUGAUACUGCUGCAACUGCUAAAACCUCAUCUGUGGCUAAUGUGGAAAGUUCCAAAGAUUCCUCAGAUCGAGGACGUACAAAGAAGAGGAAGAAACGGAAAAGAAAACGAAGACGAUCCACCAGAUCAGGCCACUCUCGUGGGUCUGACCGAUCAGAUGAUGACAGAAAGAAGCGGCAUCGAUCAGGGAGCUCACAUCGACGUGGUCGAUCCUACUCACCAAGAGGCUCCAAUGACGAAGGCAACAAAUCUGGUAGCUCUAGCAGGAAGCACAAACGUAGACGCAGUAAGCAUUCUGCAAGUGAUUAUAGUUCUGAUGACGAUUACCACAAAAGCAGUAGACGUAGGAAGCGGUCUCACAGCUACAGUGAUGAUUCAAAUUAUGAUUCUGAUCAUGAUAGACACAGAAAGUCUGACAGAAGGGACUCAAGUCGCAGGUCUCGCAGCCGCUCCAAAUCCUACAGUGAUGACGAUCGCUCAUCUCGGAAAUCAUCACAUAGAAGAAGAAGCCAUAGCAGGCACAGGGAUAGUGAUAGCGAUUCUGACUAUCAAAGAUCAAGAAGGCAUUCUAGAAGCAGACAUAGUAGAUCAAGGUCUCGUUCAAGGUCUUGGUCAAGCUCUCCCAGAAGGCAUUCCUCGGAUUACAGAUCUAGUAGAUACUCUCGCUCAAGAAGUCGGUCGCCUUUACACCGCAGGUCACCAGUAUCAAGUAGAACAAGCAUAAGGUCUUCUCUCUUAGACAAACGUAAAGAAGAUCUGUCAAAAGGAAGAAAAAUUGAAGAAUCUGCAGCAAGUAAGAUCUCAUCAGGAUGCUCUAAUUUGAAAGAAAGAGUCCGCAAAGCAUUGAAGGAGAGUAUUGCUUCUGAACCAAGUCUUAAGACUGAAAAGCUUUCAUCAGGAAUAAGCAUCAAGUCAAAGGAGAAGAUUUCUGAUCUAUUGCAGAAUUUGGCUAACUUAGAAGACCAGACACAACUGACAAAGGGAGGAGGACUAGUAAUAGAGAGCACAGGGACUGGUACUCAAAAGCUUCCGAAAGUGUCUACCGCUGGAAAAAGUCAGGAAGCAUCGACAGGAAAGACUAAAGCUGAUGAUAGUAUUACGACAGUUGAAGACAGCGAUCCUGAAACACAAGGUGCUAAAUCAGCGAAUGGAACUUUGUUUAAAGUACCGUCUGUACCAGCCCCAAAACAAACCAAGAAAAAUCUGCCAGAUGGGAAAACUGGAAAUGAAUCGCCAACUAAAACCAUAACCAGAAAGGAGGACAGCGGUGUCAAAAUGGAGCGGAAAUCUCCUUCACCUCCACCUCAGGCAAAGGAUAACUUGUCAAUUCCUCCAGAAGAAAUGGAAAAGUAUCGUGAAUUGCAAGAGCAGGCCAGGCUACAUGUGCAACAAAAGAUGAUGCAGUCACAAGGACAAGUUCCAAUGCAACAAGGCUCUCAACAUCAACAGGAAGAGCAGCAGCUACCUCAUGGGAUGCAGAUGAUGCCACUGACUCAGGGCGAAGGUGAUGGUCAACAUGUCCACUCUGCCGAGCAAUUUAUGAACCCUGCUGGACACCCAGCCCUGCAUCCUGAGCUUCAUGGAACUCCUCAACCCAUUCCAGGCAGUGAAGGAAUGUCACUUCAAGCUCUAACCCAAGGUCAGGUGUUAGCCCAUGAUCCCAAUCAUCCUGCUGGUCAAUUACAGCUGUUACCGCAUCGUCCUGGUCAGGUUAUGAUCCGCCCUCCUGGUCCGGCUAUGGGCCCACGUCCAGGACAGCUUAUUGAUGCACGCACUGGUCAAAUACUAGUUCCUCGCCAUGUCCAAGUAUUACCUCCUCGUUCGGGCCAAGUAUUACUUGCACCUGGCCAGCCUUUACCACAACCUGGCAAAGUUUUAGUCACAUCUACUGGUCAAAUGUUUUUGCCACCUCAUGGACAAGAGGUUUCUCUCAGUCCUAGUCAACAGCAAAUAUUGGUUUCAGAGUCUGGCCAAGUUUUCCCAACAAGACCUGCAUUGUCUCCUUCUCCCGCACUAGUUCGUGCACAAGCCCUAACACCAGGAUCAUCCCCAUCUCCUGGUCAGGUCAUUGGACCAGCUCUUACCCGAAUGCAUGGCUUGACACCUGGUGCAGUUCUGGCUCAACGUCCUGGCCUACUUCCUGGUCAAAUGCUCGUACGAACUCCACAGUUGGCCCCUGGUCAGAUGUUGGCCGCCGGCCAGAUGUUAGCCCCCGGUCAGAUGUUGGCCCCCGGUCAGAUGUUGGCCCCCAGUCGGAUGUUGGCCCCCGGUCAGAUGUUGGCCCCCGGUCAGAUGUUGGCCCCUGGUCAGAUGUUGCCCCCAAGACCUCAGUUGGUUAGAGUAGUGCCUGGUCAACCUCCAAUGUUGAUUCGAGGUGCAGAACAAAUGAUUGGAGUGCCUCGGUCUCCAAGCCCAAUCCAUCCUGCUGGUCAGCCUGUAAGAUUGCAAGUUCGUUCACCAUUUUUACAGGUUCAAACACAGCCAGGGCCGGCUCUUCAAGAGACACCUGAGCAUUUCAACCCUUCAAUUAGUCCCCGACCUGAGGACGGCACCCCACCACCUUCUCAUUCACCAUCUAGUCCUCUUCUUCAAAGGGCCAGUCCUAGUCCAAGCCCCUUCCCAAUUCGAAGCCCAUUACCUUUUGCUGGGUCUCCUACUGGUAUUCCUAUGAAUGCUAUGCGGAUUCAGUCUCCAAUGCGGAUACCAUCUCCAAUGCAAGUUCCUUCACCAAUACCUGUCCUUUCACCAUUACAUGGGCUUCAAUCUCCUCUCCAAGCUGUCCAUGGAAAUAUACCAGGGAUGAUGGCUGGAAGUCCGAACUCUCUACCGCCUGGAGUAACCCUCGUUAGAAUGCCUGGUGGUCCUGGUAUGCCUGUACAGAAUAUGAUUCGUAUUGCCCACCCAUCUUCAGCUGCAGCUGUUUCUAAUGCUUUGGGUAAUUUACCUCAAGGGGCUGUCCGUUUCACACUUGCCCCAGGGAUGAGUCCUUUAGGUAUGGCGUCUCCACGGUUAGCUGUUCCAGCAGGUUCUCCUGUUCCAGGCACAUUUGCUCUUCCCGGUGGUGGUAUUGGUUUAUCUGCUGCUUCACCAGGUGGUUCUCCAAUCCCUGCUUUACCAAGAAUGGCUGUUCCUGCAGGGAUGGUAGCGACUUCCGGAGGAAUGGCUUUUCCAGGUGGUGUUGCUUUACCUGGUGGUGGUGUGGCGGUUCCAGGUGGUGUAGCUUUUCCAAGAGGAAUGGUUGUUCCUGGUGGAUUAUCAGUUCCAGGGGGAAUGCCUAUGCCUGGUGGAAUAAAUGUUCCCAGACAUAUGGCCCUUCCAGGGGGUGUAGCUGUUCCAAGGGGAAUGGCCGUUCCAGGUAGUGUAGGUGUUCCUGCUGGUCUUGGUGUCCCAGGAGGUGUAGCCGUUUCCAGUGGAAUGGCUUUUCCUAGAGGAAUGGCACUACCAGCUGGAAUGGCUGUUCCUGGUGGUGUAUCCCUUCCAGGUGGUGUUUCUGUUGCAGGUAGACUUGCUGUUCCAGGGGGAGUUUCUGUUCCUGGGGGAGUUGCUCUUCCCAGAGGAAUGGCUUUACCAGGUGGUAUGGCUGUUCCAGGUGGUAUGGCUGUUCGGGGUGGUAUGGCUGUUCCAGGCGGUAUGGCUCUUCCGGGUGGUAUGGCUCUUCCGGGUGGUAUGGCUCUUCCGGGUGGUAUGGCUCUUCAGGGUGGCAUGGCUGUUCCGGGUGGCAUGGCUGUUCCGGCUGGUAUGGCUGUUCAAGGUGGUAUGGCUGUUCCGUGUGGCAUGGCUCUCCCCAGGGGAAUGGCUGUUCCAGGCGGUAUGGCUCUUCCUAGAGGAAUGGCUCUACCAGCUGGAAUGGCUGUUCCUGGUGGUGUACCUCUUCCUCGUGGUAUGCAACUUCCCGGUGGAGUUUCCAUGGUUCCGAGAAUGGUCUCCGUUCCAGCAGGAAUGCGGCAGAUGCUUCCUCAAGGCGUUCAAGUCCCUCCAGAAAAUGCAACCAUGAUGGUUGGUCAGAGACCGAUGCUAAUGGCUGGCCAGAGACCCAUGAUGAUGGCUGGUCAACGACCUGUGAUGAUGGCCUCUCCAGCCGGUUUGAGGCCACCUCAAAAUGCUGCGGCUUCCUUAUUAGGGAAGCCUCUCUUCAAGCAACAGCCAGGCAUGAGACACCCGGGACCUCCUCCAUCUCCUGGUCCAGCUUGAAGACACUCCAAGUACUUGGGUUUUUCAUGCUCAGUCAAAUAGUAACGUAUUUUUACCUAUGGGAGACUUUUGGAUGGUCCUUUUUCAUAGUUCUUGCCAGAAGUGCGCGUGCUCAGACCUAUGUGCGUAAUACUUAGCAUGUGCACGAACGUUUAGAGCCGCAAGAAAGGACCGUUAUGUCUGCUGCCACCAGUCUCUCAAAAGUCUCCCACAGACUGAUCAUUCAAAUUGCUUUGUAUGUUUAUGGAACUAUGUAAUAGCGUGCAAUACUUGAGGAAACCAUUGUUACAAAACACUUGAAAUAAAUGUGUGCACAAAGACUUAUUUAAGUAUUUGAAUAGACAGCAGCCUUUAAUCAAAUGGUUAGUCUACCAGGCUGGUAAGUUAUCCGUUUUCUGUAGAUUAGAGUAAGUUGCAGAGCUCAGAAAGAGUAAUUUAGAAAUUCAGAAAAGUCAUAUUCACCUUCAGUUUGUAUCCUAAUCUAACUACUAAAAUACAAAAUUCUGGUACUAAAAAACUUCCAAGAUGAAAGUGAAAAGACCUACUCAGAUGAAGUCCCUCUUUUAUCGCUCGCUAGUUGGAGUACUCUUCAUACUAUGCACACUCAACCGGAACUACAGGAACAUGUGCGGCAAAGCGCAUCAAUUGAUGGCACUAAGCGCAGGCCGUGAGUUAACCCACGGCACCAAAAGCAAUUGCUGUGGUGCCCUUUGCAAAGUUCCAAUGCAAUUUUUUUUUUAAGUGCCGCAUACCAGAGAAAAACAGCCAUGUCCCUUCAUGAAGGAAAUUCAGCGCCUGCAAGUGUGUGACUCUUAUUUAGUGCAAUUUCUAAAAGUGAUCAUUGUGCUUUGAACAUUAUCACCACUGGGCCAUUUAUUUCUUUCCUUCAACAAUCUCAGCUCCCUUGUGCAUACAUGUGCAUAGUAGUAUACAUGUGCAUAGUACUCCAGUAUGACAGAUCUCCUGCGUUGCUAUAGAAAUGUGACAUCAGUGAGUAGGCAAGUCCUGGUUCCAAAUUCAUAGAGCUGCUUAAGCAGAAAAUGUUGCUUAACAAUUGUCUGCUAAGCAGAAAUGAGCAGGAUAC